AUGUCUCGAUGUUGGUCGUUUUUCAUGAUGGAACGACGAAAAUAUGACGUUAAAUCGUGUGGAUUAUUUUACAAUGUGAUCCAGAAAAAGGACUUCAAUUAUCGAAAGAUCAGUCCCUGGGCGAGGGAUUUGAUCAGGGCCAUGAAUUGCACCUCCAUGAAGCGCAGUUCGUAUAGUGAUGCCAAACCUCCUGAAACAGAUGACUUUUUUCACAUGGAGCCAACACCGCGUUGGUUUGAAGAAGUCGAGGAUGUGGCACCGCUUCAAGAAGCAGUCCUACAACAAAGGGAGGGUGGGUACACUAGGCUCGAUGAAUUUACAGCAAAUUACACACUCUCCAUCGGUCUGGUCCAACGAUUUUCUCAUUACAAGAAAUGUGAACGACCAAAAAUGCCAAAAUGGUGCGAGCAUUAUCGAGAAUUCAUCAAUUUAAAGAAGAUUCAGGAGGCACUGGCGGAAAACUUCCCCCAUGCCAAGAUAAGAAAUACAAAGCUAAAAAAGAUGAACUUGGUCGAACAGGCCUCAUGGUGGUGGCACAGAGAUAUUGUCAUUGCAGCACACGGAGCAACACUGUCUAAUGUCAUGUUUAUGAGACCAGGAACCGCAGUCAUUGAAAUUUUUCCGACAAAGUAUGAACGUAUGAUGUUUCAGGGCUUGAUGAACGAUGUAGGAGUCUAUGGAUAUCCCAUUCUAAACGCAACAGUCAAGGGUGCCAAGGGUUACAAGAAUCGUGAUGUCCCGCUUGCACCGAAUGUAGAUGAGAUAAUUCGUUGUGUUCAAGAGGCAUUGCAACGACGAAAAAGUUAG